UUCUCCGGCAUCUCGACUUUUGCUCAUCUUCCUCACGUGAGAUGUUUGACCCAUCCCGAGACCGCCUUCGACAUUGGUAUCAUUGGUGUGCCGUUUGAUACUGCUGUCAGCUAUCGUCCUGGAGCUCGCUUUGGCCCUCGCGCUAUCCGCGCUGCAUCCGCUCGUCAGACCAGCUUCCGCGGCUUCAACCCCCGUGCUGGCAUGAACCCAUACACCUCCUGGGCUAAGAUUAUCGACUGCGGCGAUGUGCCCGUGACCCCCAUGGACAAUGGUCUGGCGCUGCACCAGAUGACGGCCGCCUAUCACGAGCUGCUCGCUCGCCCUGCGCUGGCGCAGUCGCUGCCUCGUCCGCGCUUGCUUACCCUUGGCGGUGACCACAGCGUCGCCCUUCCUGCACUCCGCUCGCUGUCCGCUGCUCACGGAGGCAAGCCCAUUGCCGUCGUCCACUUUGACGCCCACCUCGACACGUGGCACCCCAAGAAGUACCCGUCGGCGUGGGAAUCGGACCAGGCGAGCUUCAACCACGGCAGCAUGUUCUGGUUGGCCUCGACCGAGGGUCUCAUUGUCAACGGCUCCUCCGUGCAUGCCGGCCUGCGCACCCGUCUGAGCGGCGACGGCUGGGACGACUACGAGGACGAUGACCGCCAGGGCUUCUUGCGCAUCUCGUCGGAUGAUAUUGACGAGUUUGGCACCGCCGGCGUCAUCAAGUCGAUCAUUGACCGCGUCGGCACCGAGCAGCCCGUCUACUUGAGUAUCGACAUUGACGUGAUCGACCCCGGCCUUGCUCCUGGCACUGGCACCCCGGAGCCCGGUGGAUGGACGACUCGCGAACUGAUUCGCAUUCUGCGAGGUAUCGAGGAUCUCAACAUUGUCGGCGCCGACGUGGUCGAGGUGUCCCCCGCUUAUGAUGGCAAUGCCGAGACCACGGCUUUGGCGGGCGCUCAGGUGGCCUACGAGGUCUUGACCAGCAUGGUCAAGGGCGGAUUGAAGAGAAACCCGCCCGUCAUUGCUGCUUCGGAGCAGAAGGUCGUCAGAGAUGAGUUGUGA